GGGAGGGCCAAGCUGAGUCAGCAAUGGUAUCAUUAUCAAAAACAUAGGCUGUUGGGAGCAGUCUAUAUACUAUCUCGUUACAAGACCGUCACUGCCCCGUUAGAAGUGUAACUGCCAAGUGAAACUGUCAAGAUACUUUCACAGCCAAAAGCCAGAUUCAGAAAAGGAAACCAUCCAAAAUCCUUCAACCAAGAGCUAUGUCUGAUACAAGAGAUGAUGACUUCCAAGACUUCUGCUCACAAAUAUUCCAAGCCUACUUCAACCUAGCAUCACAAAUUGAGAAUGACUCUGACACUUGUAUAGCAGAAAGAGGAGGAGGAGGGAAGACUAAAGACGACAAAGAGAGCUCUGCUUCUAGUGCACACCAAGAGCUAGCACAAGGUCUAUUGGAUCACCAGCCACAGGAGCAGCUAACAGUAGCAGUACCACCAUAUCUACCUGAAGAACUACGCGAUAACCCAGAACACAUCACCCAAGACAAAUUAUUGGAGUUGUACGAUAUUAACUCGUCGGUAGAUGAGGUCGAAUCAGGCUCACUCUCAACAAUUGAUAUCAUAACCCUUCAUCUUCGUAGCUACCGAAAUGUGCUUGACGUGCAGCUGAGUGACGUGUCUGGGCUAAGGGAGAGAUUGUACGGCUACUUUAAUUCAAUAUUCACUAGACUAAUGGAGAAAUGCUUUAGAGACAGGAUUAACAAUGACGCUGUUGCCAGACGAUUACACCAGGAGUUAAGAGAGAGGCAAGGAAGAAGAUAAAGAGAAAUAAAGAAAGAGAGAGAGAAGUGUCUUUCUACAACUACCAAACACAUUAACUAAUAUACUAAAAUAAUCUCUGUGCAUCUAUAUACAUGUAAAUAAUGAUCCAAAAAUGUAAUUUAAUGGGAACAAAUGAUAACAAUGAUAAUGAUUAUACUGUUGUUCCUUUAUUUGAUAAAUUAAAAGCAAAA